AUGGACACCACACAUCCUCCAAACUUUUUCGAAGCAUCACCAUCGUCGUCAUUUUUUGACCAAGAUCUUGUCCCGACUACAGUAGCGCCGCCACGAACGGACGCUGUUUCGCUUGGAGAGUUAAUUUUCUACACCGGUUCUGGCGUUAGCGGGACGCUGCUCAACAUCCUCGUCUUAUUUAUUGCUAUUCGGCAUAUUGACACGGAUGAUAAGCCAAGACAGAUCCUAAUCAUGAACAUGACUUUCGCCGACCUCGCUUUUUGCCUUGUCUACGUUGUCACUCGGCCGUUCCUACAGUACUUCCCAGCAGAUACUUGCCGUGCUUACUAUUUUGCGAUUUGGCUGGUCCAAAUGUGCAGUUGUAUUUAUUUGUUGUGGCUGAACGUUGACAAGCUUCUCUACAUCCAGUUUCCGCUCCACUACUAUUCGAUGGUCAGCCGGAAAAAAUUCCUAUUGUUGACGAUUGCAACGUGGAUGUUUCUGAUCAGCUUCAUCGGCUUGAUGAAUUAUUUCUUCCGGGUUGGGAACAGCUGCUUGGAGAUUUCCUUUAACGACCACACCCUUUACAUCAUCAUGUGCUUCUAUUACCUGGUGGUGAUCGUUGCUUCAUUCUCCAUUUCGGCCAUCAUCUAUUGCAUCGCCCAGACGACGACUAGGAUGGAGCAUCGGGCACGAACCGGCCGCGCCAGUAUCUAUCCCGCCAAACCGGAUCAGAAACUCUUCCAACGACUCUUCUUCCUGUUCUCGUCAACAUUGUGGACGUUCAUCACCUGCGUCCCGUUCAGGGUGCUCUUUUUGGUGAAUAUGAUGUUCGGCGUCCGUAGCGAGUGGCAGCGACUGCUGACCGACGUCUCCUUCAAAUUGCUCGUCAGUGGAAGCAUUGUAAAUCCGGUGAUCACGAUCGCUACCCAACGCAUCUAUCGCGAUCGACUCAUCAAGUAUCUUGGGUUGUUCAAGGAGGUAGUCUCCAAAAACAGCACCACUUCCGGUUUCGACGACAACUCGCUGAUGGAUAAGCGUCGCCAAUCCUCGAAAACUACGAUUAUCUUGGAAAGUGCCCCGCUUAACAUCCCUUCAACUGCCCUU